AGAAAUAACCACCAAUGUUGGCGAGAGGCGGGCUAUAAAGAAGGGCAGGAAGGAGAGUAUAUAACAAUUACCUUCCUUUUUCUUUUCUCUGUAUUGUUGUUGCCGAACGAGAGCCCCCGUGGAUGUGCCACUGCUGAGGCCGCCAACGCAUCUCAAGGGUUUCGCUUCGCGGGGGAAGUAUUCUACACCAGGAUUAUUAGGGUUGUUUCUUUCUAUGUAAAUUAGGAACGGAGAUUUUUUUUCCACCUCCGCCAUGGCGAAGCCGAAGAAGCAGAAAAAUGAGGAGCAGAAGGGCGCAGGAACCAGUAAUUCCACCUCUGCGACCACUUCAUACGUGCUUGUUCGUCACCAGAAGCUCUGCCUCGCGAUUGACAUGGACAACCAGCGUAUUUACGGGCAUACAGAACUCAAAGUUGUGGUUCCAGAGAAUGGAAUUAUCGGAUUGUAUGCAAAUGGGAUGAAUAUUGAUAAUAUCUUUGUGAAUGGACUGCCUGUGCAUUUUACCCUUUGUCCUCAGCAUGUGUAUAGCAAAGAAGAAAGAAAGUGGCUGUCAAUUACCUGUAUUGAUGCUGCUGAAGCUGCCGGUUCAGUGUAUUUCUCAUCUUUAGAGAGAGAGAUGGCUCCAGAUUUGCUUAUAAAUUGCUUUAUUUCAUUAUCUUCUGAAAAUGGUAUACAUAAUCUUGUUGAUACCGAGGAAGUUGGGAAAAUAGAGAGCAAUCACAAUGAUGCUAAUAGCAUAUCCCAACAAGAGAAUGUCAGAUUGGUUCGCAUUGAAUAUUGGCUAGAGAAACCCGAAGUAGGUGUUCAUUUUAUGGGUAGUACCCUCCAUACAAAUAAUCAGAUAAGGCGUGCACGCUGUUGGUUUCCAUGUGUUGACUGUAGUCUGCAACGGUGCUGCUUUGAUCUGGAGUUUACUGUGGAUUCUAAGUAUGUUGCAAUUAGCAAUGGCACUCUUCUAUAUCAGGUCAUUGGCAAAGAUGAUCCACGGAGUAAAACAUAUGUGUACUGUGUGAACAUUCCUGUCAAUCCGCAAUUCAUAACAUUGGCUGUUGCCCCCUUUGAGGUGCAUCCAGAUCGUCAUAAUGUGACUAUUUCUCAUAUGUCAAUGCCCUCAAAUCUUUUAAAGCUGCAAUGCACUGUUAACUUCUUCCACAAUGUUUUCAGUUACUAUGAGGAGUAUCUUGAAGCACCCUUUCCUUUUGGAUCAUAUAAGCAAGUUUUCAUUGAUUCUGAAGUUGCAUCAGCAUCCAGCUUUGUUGGCGCUUCAAUGUCCAUUUUCAGUUCCCAUAUAUUGUUUGAUGAGCGUGUUAUUGAUCAGGUUAUUAGCACCAGAAUCAAACUGGCUCAUGCCUUAGCACGGCAAUGGUUUGGGAUUUUUAUUACUCCUGAGACAGCAACUGAUGGGUGGUUGCUAGAUGGCCUUGCUGGUUUUCUUACUGAUAUCUUUAUCAAGCGUUACUUGGGGAACAAUGAAGCCCGGUACCGUCGCUACAAGGCAAAUGAGGAAGUUUGUAAAGCUGAUGUGGAAGGAUCUACUGCUCUUUGCUCAUCUGCAGCUGCAGCUGAUUUAUAUGAAACACAGACUAUUGGUGUUUUGGGAAAACUGCGCUCAUGGAAGGCUGUUGCUAUUCUUCAGAUGCUAGAGAAGCAAAUGGGUCCAGAGAAUUUUCGGAAGAUUUUGCAGAGAAUCAUUCAUAAAGCACAGGACAUAACUCAUACCUCAAGGACACUUGGUACAAAAGAGUUUCGUCAUUUUGCCAAUAAAAUUGGUAACUUGGAACGACCAUUUCUGAAGGAAUUCUUUCCUCGCUGGGUAGAGUCUUUUGGCUGUCCAGUUUUGAGGAUGGGACUGUCAUACAACAAGCGGCGAAAUAUGAUUGAGUUGGCUGUUCUGCGUGGAUGCACUUCUAAUACAAGGUUCUUGCCGGAAGUUACUGGAGGUACUGUUAGCAGCAAGUUACAGACAGGCGACAUUGGCUGGCCUGGAAUGAUGAGUGUCAGAGUUUAUGAACUAGAUGGUAUGUAUGAUCAUCCAAGCUUACCCAUGGCUGGAGAUACCUGUCAACUACUAGAAAUACAAUGCCAUUCAAAGCUUGCAGCUCGUCGUAUCCAGCGCCCAAAAAAAGGUAGUAAAGCUGAUGGGUCAGACGAUAAUUUAGAGGCUGCAGCUACUAUAGAUUCACGUUCUGGACUGGAAUCCCCAUUGCUGUGGUUGAGGGCAGAUCCUGAGAUGGAAUACUUGGCAGAAAUAAAUAUUCAUCAACCAUUACAGAUGUGGAUAAAUCAACUGGAAAGGGACAAAGACAUAGUUGCUCAGCUUCAAGCAAUUGAUACAUUGUGUACUUUCCCACAGUUCUCAUUUGCAAUAGUUAAUGCUUUGAACAACUGCCUUAUGGAUUCAAAGGUUUUUUGGAGAGUGAGGAUUGAAUCUGCGUUUGCUUUGGCAAAAACAGCUAGAGAGGAAACGGACUGGGCAGGCCUCACGUAUUUAAUAAAAUUCUAUAAAAGUCGUCGUUUUGACCCAGAUAUUGGGCUUCCCAGGCCAAAUGACUUCCGAGAUUUUCCAGAGUACUUCGUUCUUGAGGCCAUUCCAAUUGCAAUUGCUAUGGUCAGGGGCUGUGAUGGUAAAAGCCCACCAGAAGCUGUUGAUUUUAUUCUGCAGUUGUUGAAGUAUAAUGACAAUAGUGGAAAUCCUUAUUCAGAUGUCUAUUGGUUGGCUGGACUUGUGGAUUCAAUAGGGAAGAUUGAUUUUGGGCAACGGAGUAUUCAUGCACUACCACCACUUUUAAAACGUAUAGACCGUCUCUUGCAGUUUGAAAGAUUGAUGCCAAGCUAUAAUGGAGUCUUGACCGUCAGUUGUAUUCGUACUUUGACACAAAUUGCAUUGAAGUUGUCACACUUCGUUCCCUUGCAGGAAGAUUUGGAGGAACUUAUCAAGCCAUUCCAAUAUGCCAAUAUGCAAUGGCGAGUUCGUUUGGAAGCAGCAAAAGCCUUUAUCAACCUUGAGGCUCACAAAAAUGGUCUUGAUGUUGCGUUAUCUUUAGCUAUGAGAUUUAUAGAAAAUGAACCAUCAUUACGAGUACAAGCAAAAGUUCUCAUGCAUUGUCUAUACCUAUGCCAAGUGAAAAAAGAUUCAGAAAAUAGUAUCAACUGCUCGACACUUGCUAGUUUGCUUUAUCUGCUUGAAAGUUACAAAGCUUUUGUGAAUGUUACUUUGCGGCAUCAAACGUUCUGUAUUUUACAGAUUCUUGCAGGCCGGUCUCCAACGCUUUAUCAUAUCCCAAAGCCAAAGAUUCUUCCCAUCUCAGCUAAGUCCAGGGAUGCUAAAGUGCGUGAUGAGCAAAAUGUAGAAAUCUCAGCAAAGUCCAUAGAUGCUGAAGUGCUUGGUGAACAAAGGGCAAAACCAGGCAUGAUGAAAAUACGGUUCUCCAGGCCUCAUGUUUCUGAUGAGGAACAGGCUCACCUCAAUUCUGUUGCAUUCAAUUCAUCAGAGGUUGUAAAGGAAGCGGACACUACAAUUAGCAGCAGUUCUGGUGGUCAUGAACGGAAACUGCCUGCACUUAAAGUACGCAUCAAACCUCCAGAAGCUGUAGAAGAUGUUGGAAACUUAAUAGGCAUCACUCCAGUUGGUGGUUUGGAUCAAAGGAUGCCUGCUGUGUGCCCAGUUGCCAGCUCCUCUGUGUCAGUGGAUGCAGGUUUAGGGGUUGCUGCAGUGUUGGAAAGAAGUCCAUGUACUCCUGGGGGUCAGGCUGUGGAAGCUGUUGCUGGAGAACAAAAUGUUUGUUUAACCAAAGAGGUUGCACCCAGGCUUUGUCUGAAUGGUUCCCAAAUUAAUGCGAGCACUAGCAGUGUUAAGGAUUUCCAAGACUCCAGGACUGCAAAUGAGUUGCAGUGCACAGCAGAUUCAAUGAAUGCUGUUUAUGUUCCAAAUUGUUCAAUGUCAACUGCAAAGAAAAGAGAGAAUUCGGGAGGUAGAUCUAUGGAUGUAGUUGAUUUACAACAUAAUAGAUAUGUUUCAGUAAGUGGAGAAGAUUGUGAGGACAGAAGUGAGCAAAAUGGCUCUCAUCAGAGGGAUUUGGAAAGCCAUCAGCUUAUUGGACAAAGUGCUUUGUUAACAGCAGAAGCUUCUGCAGAAAAAUCAGAGAGGCAAGAGGGUAACAGAAAGAGUCGAAAAGACAAGGAAGAGAAGAAAGACAAGAAAAGAAAGAGAGUGGACAAAGACCAGAAGCAUGGGGCUGAUGGUCAUCACAAACAUGACGAUCCUGAGUAUCUUGAGCGGAAACGGCGGAAGAAGGAGAAGCGAAGGCAAGAGAAGGAGCAAUUACGGUUGCAAAAGAUGAUGGUAAAGGAGUGGUCAGCUGAUCUUCAGAAGCCAGAAUGCAGUUCCAUGCAGAGAAGAUCUGAACCAACAGAAGCAAAUUCUCUGCAGAGGAUUUCUGAAACCAUGGAAACUAGUUCAGUGCAAAGUAGGAUGGAAACAACAGAUGUUAGCAGUGUACAAAAAGUGCGGAUAAAAAUACGAAACAGGGGAAGUUCAAAUUGUUAGCAUUCCAUUUAAUUUAGGAUGUCAGUUUUCUGAGUUCUCCAUCUCAUGGAAAGCUUCAUAUUGUAAGCUAUUUCCAGGUUACACCAUGUAUCAUUAGUUCUGCCUCCUUCCUGAUGCCAUUCUUUCCUUGCAAAGUAGCUUUGGUGGUGUCCUAGCUACAUUGCAGUCUUUCCUGUUCUUGAGUGUAUGAUGCCCCAUAUCAGUAAUGUAAAAAGGCAUUCUUUGCUCAAUUGCCCAUUAUUUCUUUUUGCUUUUUUGUAGGCCUUUUCUAUCGAAAGAUAGUUCAAUAUAUAGCAAAAGAUGGCUGCUUUGUAGAGAA